AUGUCAAGUCCACAAAAAUAUAACCGAUAUUUUGGAAAAUAUAAAAAUUCUAAAGCCGUUCUGGAGCCCAAUAUAUCCGGUAUAUUUGUUAGUUGUAUUAAAACAAAAGAAUCUUUGUGCAUUAGGGAAUGCUAUGAUUUAUUUGAUGAGUACGCGGAUAAGAUUUAUAAGUCUACGGAUGAAAAUCCUAGAGUUGAUGAAGGAGGAUCAGAUAAAGACGAUGUGGAAACUUCAAUUGCUAAAGAAAUUGCCCAAAUGAAACGACCCCAUAAAUCGCGUCGUUUUGCAUCAAUACAAACUGGAGCUAAUUGCGUCGUAUUCAUCAAGACAAAUCCUCCUAUAAACCCUGUUCAACUCGUUCAUUCUAUUUUGACCGAUUUGUACAAUUCAGGACAAAAGAAAACUAGAUUUUCUAUGAGGAUGGUUCCCAUUGUACAAACAUGUUACGCCAAUAUGAAUGAUAUUAAUAGGAUGGCAGAUGAAAUAUUGAAACCACGAUUUUAUUCAUUAAAAGACGAUCAACAAAAGAUUAGGUAUGCAGUUAUUCCGAAUAUCAGACAUAAUCAUAAUGUAGAUAGAAUGGAAUUAAUUACAAUGAUUGCAAAAUUAGUUGGUGAUCAACACAUAGUAAAUCUCGAUGAUCCAGAAUUAGUGAUAAUCGUGGAUGUGUUCAAGAAUAUUUGUGGAAUGAGUAUUCUCGAGGAUUAUAAUAAGUUGAAAAAGUACAAUAUAGAGAAAAUUUUCGAAGAAUUAAACGAAAAGAAAGACGGUGAUAGUAAAGUUAGAUUUGCAGGUAGUAGUUCGAGUGGCAGUUGUGGUGGAAGAUCAAGAAAUCAUGGCAGAGGAUCAAAAGGUUAUUAUAGAGGAUCAAGGAGUCAUGACAGAAGAUUAAGAGGUUAUGGCAGAGAAUCAAAAGGUCAUAGCGGAGAAUCAAAAGGUGAUCAUAAUGGUGAAUUAGAAGGUUAUAAUGAUAAAGAAUCAAAAGAUCACAGUAGUUAUAUGUUAUAA